GCCUCUACAGCUGCUGGCAGUGUCCUGACAGAAGUGGGGGAAGCAGUAAGGCUGCAGUCUGGCUUGAAUCCCGCUCAUCACGGCUUCGAAACCCCUCUAAGGUUCAAAGGGAAGCAGCAAGGAUUCCAAGGUCUCACUGUCCUCACAGCCAAUGAAGGGCCAGCGAGGGAGGAGCCUGGCGCCGCUAGAGCUUCUAAGGAAAUCAUCCUCCCUCCGUGCAGCGGAGUCUGAGCCCUGCCGCAUCUGUCACAGCAGAACAAAAUAAUCAGACGGUAGAGGAGAAACACUGAAAGCUUUGAGAUGCUGUGGCACUUUCUGAAACAUUUGCUGAGGGUUCCCAUGGAGCUGUUCUUUUAAAACGAGUUCUUUUUGAAGCUGGUUUGAGUAACUGGGAAAAUGAUACAUAUGCUGAACGCAGCCUCUGAUCGAGUGAAAUGGACCAGAUCGGGUAUUGCUAAGAGGGCUGCCUGCCUGGUGGCUGCGGCAUAUGCUCUGAAAACCCUCUAUCCCAUCAUUGGCAAGCGUUUGAAGCAGUCUGGCCAAGGGAAGAAAAAAGAAGCUUGCCGGGCUGCAGAGCACAGAGAAGUACUGCAUUGCACCGAGACCGUUUGUAAAAACCCUUCUCCGGGAGUGAAUGCAGAUUUUUUCCAACAGCUACUGGAACUUCGGAAAAUUCUUUUUCCAAAACUUGUGACCACUGAAACGGGGUGGCUCUGCCUCCACUCAGUGGCCCUCAUCUCAAGGACCUUUCUGUCUAUCUAUGUGGCAGGUCUGGAUGGGAAAAUCGUGAAAAGCAUUGUGGAAAAGAAGCCUCGGACUUUCAUCUUCAAAAUAGUCAAGUGGCUUAUGAUUGCCAUCCCCGCCACCUUCGUCAACAGUGCAAUAAGGUACCUGGAGUGCAAGCUGGCUUUGGCCUUCAGAACUCGCCUUGUAGACUACGCUUAUAAAACCUAUUUUACAAAUCAGACUUAUUAUAAGGUGAGCAAUAUGGAUGGAAGGCUGGCAAACCCUGACCAGUCUCUUACCGAGGAUAUCAUGAUGUUCUCCCAGUCCGUGGCUCAUUUGUAUUCCAACCUGACCAAACCUAUUUUAGAUGUAAUUCUAACCUCCUACACACUCAUCCAGACUGCUACCUCCAGAGGUGCAAGCCCCACUGGGCCUACCCUGCUAGCAGGACUUGUGAUCUAUGCCACGGCUAAAGUGUUGAAAGCCUGCUCUCCCAAAUUUGGUAAAUUGGUGGCUGAGGAAGCUCAUAGAAAAGGCUACUUGCGAUACGUACACUCCAGAAUCAUAGCCAAUGUGGAAGAAAUUGCGUUUUACAGAGGACAUAAGGUAGAAAUGAAGCAACUCCAGAAAAGUUACAAAGCUUUAGCGGAUCAGAUGAACCUUAUUUUAUCCAAACGCUUGUGGUACAUCAUGAUAGAGCAGUUCUUGAUGAAGUAUGUUUGGAGCGGCUGUGGACUAAUUAUGGUGGCUAUACCUAUUAUCACUGCAACUGGCUUUGCAGAUGGUGAUCUAGAGGAUGGCCAGAAACAAGCUAUGGUUAGUGAACGGACCGAAGCCUUCACCACUGCUCGCAAUUUAUUGGCCUCUGGAGCUGAUGCUAUUGAAAGGAUCAUGUCUUCAUACAAAGAGGUAACCGAAUUAGCAGGCUAUACUGCUCGAGUGCACAAUAUGUUUAUGGUCUUUGAUGAAGUAAAAAGAGGCGUUUAUAAGAGAAUGGCUACCACUGAAGAGCCCAGAAAUCAUAGCAAGGAUGACGCUAACAUACAUUUACCCCUCAGUGACACACUGGCAAUCAAAGGAAAAGUUAUUGAUGUGGAUCAUGGAAUUAUUUGUGAAAAUGUUCCCAUAAUUACACCAGCAGGAGAAGUGGUGGCUUCCAGGCUAAACUUCAAAGUGCAAGAAGGAAUGCAUCUUUUGAUAACUGGUCCCAAUGGCUGUGGAAAAAGCUCUCUCUUCAGAAUUCUAAGUGGGCUCUGGCCUGUGUAUGAAGGAGUCCUUUAUAAACCACCUCCCCAGCAUAUGUUCUACAUCCCACAGAGACCGUAUAUGUCUCUUGGAAGCCUUCGGGAUCAAGUCAUUUACCCUGACUCAGUGGAGGAUAUGCAUGGUAAAGGUUACACAGACCAGGAUUUGGAGUGUAUUCUACACAGUGUCCACCUGUAUCACAUAGUUCAAAGAGAAGGAGGAUGGGAUGCUGUUAUGGACUGGAAAGAUGUCCUAUCAGGAGGCGAAAAGCAACGAAUGGGCAUGGCUCGUAUGUUUUAUCAUAGACCCAAAUAUGCACUGUUAGAUGAAUGUACCAGCGCCAUCAGCAUUGACGUUGAAGGAAAGAUAUUUCAGGCUGCGAAAGGGGCUGGGAUAUCCUUACUGUCUAUAACACACAGGCCUUCUCUGUGGAAAUACCACACUCAUUUAUUACAGUUUGAUGGUGAAGGAAGUUGGCGCUUUGAACAACUGGAUACUGCUAUCCGUUUAACAUUGAGUGAAGAAAAACAAAAGCUAGAGUCUCAGCUAGCCGGAGUUCCCAAAAUGCAGCAGAGACUCAAUGAACUGUGCAAAAUUCUAGGGGAAGACUCUGUGCUGAAAACAAUCAGAAAUGAGGAUGAGACGUCCUGAUUCAUUUGACAUGCUGUAAAGGUUAAGUUUUAGGUAAAGACUCACAGAUGCCCUGUUACAAUGCAUGAGGUGUGUCACGCUAAGCACAGAAAAAACAAAGCCAGCAAGAAAUAUUUUAUAGAACUUUAGCAUCGGUGAAGCGGAUGGCUUACCUUUUCAGAAGAAAAUAAACAAAUGCUUAAUGUGAGAUUAGUCAUGAUGGCUUAAGCUAAUUCUUAGUGAGAGCCUAAUUUACCUGUAAAACAGGAUUUUCUAGGUGAAUUCAUGGUGAAUAUCAGAUUACUAUGUAUAAUGUGAUGUGCCUGACAUUUUUAACUUGAGAGAUAUCUUCGAAGUGCAAACUUAUGAGCCGCAUUUGGGCUGAUACCAGGUGCGUAAGCAUUAGGGCUCUGAGUACCAUUUGAGUCUCUUCUCAAUUGAUACUAGGUUUAAUAGCUAUCAUGUUUGUUAUUGCUAGUGGCCAACUAAAUCUUAUACAAAAUACCUGACAGUUUAACAAAUAAUCUCAAUAUAAAAAAAUAUUUCGAGGGCAGUGGUUGCGAGAAAAAAGUAUGGCUAAACAAGUACACAAUGGCAUUUUUUAAAUUUUUAAACUUUGAACAUCUUAAUGCAGGGACAUGAAAAAUAAUUUUAAUGAGACUCUUGCGUAUUUCUUAAUAAAACCUUUCAUUUUUAAAAGAGAAUUGCCAAUAUAGAAAUAGGGUUUCCAAACAAUGUUUGUCUCAGCCUGGUGUUUUGCUUAGCAGCAUUAUCUAUUACAAUUUCUGUCUAGAAAUACUGCUUUAUUGUGUGUGUGUGCCCGAAGGAGGAGUCCAUUGGCGUGGGGUGGCGCAUGCCUAGAAUCCCAGCAUUCAGAAGGCUGAGGGAGGAGGAUCGCUGAGAGUUCUAAGUCAGCCUGGGCUACAUAGUGAGUUCAAAGCUAGCCUGAACUACAUAGUGAGACCCUGCCUCAAAAAAAGAAAAAGUACUAUAAUCAGUAGGUUCUUAAAAUCACAAUAAUAUUAGCAUAGAUUGAAAUAGUACUUUAAUCGCUUCUCGGCCUUUUGGCUAAGAUCAAGUGGAAUAGUACUUUAUAAUGUAUAAUCUCCAUUUACAUCGUUUCAUUUUCAUGUUUGUGGCAAUCUUUUGAGACAAAUUUUUUUUUCUAUUUUGAUAUUGAGAAAAAUUGGAUCUCAGAUGUAGCCUAAUUAUGCAGUUUAGUUAGGGACAGAUCUGGGGAUCUAGUGAGUGUCUCCUGACCCUGACUCACUGCUGCUACCACCAUUAAACUGUAUGUAACGGGUUCUAGUACUAAACUGAGGUGGGCUGGUCGACGGCAAGGUGAGGGCCAAAAUAGUAAGAAGUAUAAAAAUUAGAUGAAACAUUGACAAGGAAAUAUAUUUGGUAACGUUCUUACAGCUGUUUGGUUAUUGUUUGCGGGAAAUGUGGAAAGAUCAUUGGUAUCUGUUGAAAAUGGGCCAAGGGAGCUGGCAGAUCUUUUAGCAACUCACCGUCUUCCUCAAUAUUAAUGUACUUUGAGUAGCAGUAACUAGAAGGGCAGUGCAUUACAUUUUAGGCAAAUUUAUUACAAAUCAUUAGAAAUAAUACAUAUGUAUCAGUCAUAUGAAAUAGAGCCUACCUAUUUGUGUGCCCUUGGAAAUACAAAAGCCAGGACUGAUGGUUUAAUUUCUCAUUCUCUAUGCUACCUUGCUGAUAGGCUGUUAAAAAUUGGAAAUACUGGUUUUAUGUGUAAUGUAGACAUAGGCAUAAUAAUUGCUACGUCAGUGAUUCUUAGACUUUUUGAUGACGUACAAAACUUGGAAGUCAUUCAUGGUGAUUGUUAUAGAACAUCAUAGAAUUUCCACAUUUUUAAUUCUCCAAGAAAACUAGGACAUUUUGUCAAUAAAUAUAACUAUCUUGUAUAAAGAUAAAAUGCAAUAUAAAAUAAUCAGUAUAUUUGUCUAAGUUUUUCAGUUAGUAUCAUUAGCUGUUCAUUUAUCCCAUUGUCUGCUGUUACUUAUUAUGAGGAAAGUGAGGCGGGAAUUGAAUAUUUUUU